CAGCCAAAGGAAAGUGAUUUAGAUGUUUCCUCGCGAACUGGGGACUCUGCUUCAAAGAAUUUUUCUGAGAUGCAGAAAGAGUUCAGCUCUCCCUUUCAUCUGAGCAUUGAUCUUCACGAAGAAAACAUGAAGAAGUUUACAAAGUCACCUGGUGAUGGGUUUAUUAUGAACAGCAGGCCAAUGUUUUAUCAAACAGUUUCUGAAGAAAGUGACGCAAACAUGAGCCAGCCAGAAAAUCCAAGAAGAUCAGAAUUUGGUAAUUUCCUAGCCUCGGAUUCCUUUCUCAACAGUGGCUCCAUUUUCUCGUUUGGAAAUUCGUGCAAUGAGCAACAGAGUCCUGAUAUGAGAGAUGAAAGUAUGGGCAACAGCCAACCAGUCCCGUUUCAGUGGCCCAGUGCCUCAGAAGGUAUUGUAUCAUUUGGAGUUGCUUCAAUAUUAUUUUAUUAA